AUGACUUCACAACAACAACAGGAGAACUUCGCGGCUGCGUCACAUACGUCACACGUCGACAGCUCAGAGAUACUGUUAGCAACAGCUUUGGUGAGUGUUAAGGGUUCCGACGGUUCGGAGUAUACCUUGCGAGCUUUGGUGGAUCAGGGCUCCCAAAUAUCAUUAAUAACAGAAUCGGCGGCGCAGUUAAUAAACAUAAAAAGACAGAGAUGUAAAGGAGUCAUCUUUGGAGUAGGACAAAAGGAGAACAACUGCAAGGGAGUGAUUUCUAUAGUAUGCGCUUCUCUGCACAACAACUUUAUAUUCGAAACGGAAGCCUUUAUUAUGACGAAUCUCAUUAAAAGCCUACCAAACAAGAGCUUCCCGAAACCAGAUUGGUCGCAUAUUGAUAACAUACCAUUAGCUGACCCCGAGUUCUAUAUCAGCCGCCCCGUGGAUUUGUUACUCGGAGCCGACGUUUACGCUAACAUCAUGCUAAGUGGCAUUAUAAAAAGCGGGAAUGCACAUCAGCCCUUAGUACAACAAACUCAACUGGGAUGGUUGCUAUGCGGCAACGUAAAGACAUACCAGUGUAACGUCGUGUUAAAUAACAUAGAAGAGAUCAGACGGUUUUGGCAGGUGGAAGAGAUUAGUGAGACUUCAAAUCUGUCCACCGAAGAUCAAGAGUGUCUAACAUUUUAUGAGUCAACAACAAGAAGAACAGAAGAAGGCCGCUAUGAAGUUAGAAUACCGCUGAAGGAAGAGUUGAAACACAAACUGGGCAUGUCUAAGCCUAUGGCAAUCGCCCAACUAAGGAAUUUAGAAACAAAAUUUAGAAAACACGAACAUUUAGCUAGCAAAUACAAAACUUUUAUGAAAGAAUAUCUCGAAUUACAACAUAUGAAACCUGAAGAAACAAACUCGCAGGCAAGCCUACAAUGCUACCUACCUCAUCACUGUGUGCAGCGUGAUGACUCAUUAACAACAAAGUUACGAGUAGUAUUUAACGCGUCCGCCAAAACAUCUACUCGGUUUAGUUUGAAUGACAUAAUGUGCAAGGGGCCUAACAUGCAAAAGGAUUUACAAUCAUUGUUAUUGCAGUGGAGGCAAUAUCCUUACGCGUUUACAGCAGACAUCGAGAAGAUGUUCCGCCAGGUGCUGGUAAAUAAUAACGACCAGCAUCUUCAAAAAAUUGUUUGGAGAGAAUCACCGGAACAACCCAUACAGAGCUUUCAACUAACUACAAUCACUUAUGGAACAAAAUCAGCCCCAUUUUUAGCUAUGAGGACUUUAAAACAGUUGGCGUCGGACGAGCGUAGUAAACAUCCUGAGGCAGCAGAAAUCCUAGAAAAUUCAUUCCUGAUGGAUGACCUCCUCCAUGGUGCCUAUAACAUUAAACAGGGAAAGUACUUGAUUAAAGAAUUGCAUCAGUUGUUGAAAUUAGGUGGAUUUACGUUAAGAAAAUGGGCGUCAAAUAACGACAGAAUAUUAGAAAGCGUAAAACAGAAUGCGGAAGAAACAAGUUAUCACUUCAAAAAUGAAGAAACAUCAAAAACAUUAGGUUUAUGCUGGCAAACAAAACAAGAUCAUUUUACAUUUAACUUUAAUUUCACAACACAAAUAGAAAAACUUACUAAACGGCAAUUACUCUCGGAAAUUUCGAAGUUAUUUGACCCGUUGGGCUGGUUAACACCCUUAUCAACAAAACUAAAACUACUCUUCCAAAAGCUAUGGCAAACUGAUCUCCAAUGGGAUGAUGAAGUAUCUGGUGACGUAUACAAGGAGUGGUGUAAACUAACAGCUGAUAUCGAAAACAUUAAACAUUGUGUGGUGCCGCGGUGGAUAAAAACGCAAGAGAACAGUAUUAUCGAAUUCCAUGGGUUUUGUGAUGCAUCUGUGGAAGCCUACGCAUGUGUCGUAUACGCUCGUACUAAACACAGCCAAGAAGCUAUAUUAGUAGCGGGAAAGUCUAAGCUUAUACCACAUCGAAAGGCUAUAACAUUACCAAGAACAGAGUUAUGUGGUGCACUUUUAUUGGCAAAACUCAUGAGUAAAAUUACUUCUAGCAUUAGCUGCCCAUAUGAAACUUAUGGAUGGUGUGAUUCCAUGGUCGUGUUGGGCUGGAUACACGGAGAUUCAACGAGAUGGACACCAUUUGUUUCCAACAGAAUUAACGCGAUAAAACAGAUUAUGCCGAGUGACAACUGGCGGUAUGUAAAGUCCGCAGAGAAUGCUGCUGACUGCGCUAGCAGGGGACUAACGGCGUCUCAGCUUUUAGAACAUCCACUGUGGUGGCAUGGACCAGCAUGGUUACUAUCCUUAGACAUGAAGAAAGAACAGAAUCAACAACCCAUGUACACUACAGAAGAAGAAAAAAGAAAAAUAAAACAAGUUAAUGUUAUACAACAAACCGUUAACAUUAUUGAAGAUUUAUUAAACAAUUAUAGCUCAUUUAGGAAAAUAAUACAUAUAUUUGCGUGGAUACUCAGGGCGUUGACACCAAUUUCACAACGUAAACAUUUGCCAUCGUACCUAACAUUGCGAGAAUUGCGAAAAGCUAAAUUAACAAUAAUUAAAUAUGUGCAACGAAAGGAAUUUGCUGAAGAGGUCGAAAAAAUCAGUAAGAAUGGCACCGUUGGAACAAAAAGUAAAUUAUUUCUUUUAAAUUGUUUUAUUGAUGACAACGGAAUCUUGAGAGUGGGAGGACGCCUAAGGCACGCAAACUUGAGCAGUGAGAUGAAGUAUCCUAAAGUAAUACCUAACAAAAGUCGUUUAGCUGAACUUCUUAUAGAAGAAUGUCAUCUACUAACGUUUCAUGGAGGACCCAAACUAACUUUGGCGACAAUGAGGAAACAGUAUUGGAUACCAGGUGGAAUCAAAACAACCAAGGCACAGCUGCGGAACUGUGUCACUUGCCGAAAACAUGCUGCAAGGAAGGAACACCAGUUGAUGGGAGAUUUGCCCGCGGCCAGAGCGAACCCUGCUCCUCCGUUUUACCACACUGGGGUAGACUAUACCGGUUUCGUAGAAGUUAAGGCCAACAAGGGUAGAGGCGUGCGAACAACUAAGGGAUAUGUGGCGGUGUUUAUAUGUAUGGUUACGAAGGCCGUACAUCUCGAGCUGGUGUCUGACCUUACCAGUUCGGCAUUUUUAGCAGCACUGAGCCGAAUGGCAGCCAGGAGAGGAGCGCCGCGUCACAUGUACAGUGACCAAGGCACGAAUUUCAUUGGAGCCAACCGGUCACUGAGAGAAGAAUAUGAAGAAAUUCAACAAGUUUUCGGAGACAAACUGCUUGCCGAUAUUGCCGACAUGGAAAUAGAAUGGCACUUUAACGCGCCAUCGUGGCCUAGUGCUGGGGGGCUGUGGGAAAGAGCAGUGCGCAGCCUGAAAUAUCACCUAAAAAGAGUAGUCGGUGAACAACGACUGACAUUCGAGGAGUACACAACAAUUCUAACAAAAAUAGAGGCUUGCCUCAACUCGCGGCCGUUGUGCUCGCUUAACGAAAACAUUGAAGAUUUAGAGUAUAUAUCUCCGGCCCACUUCUUAACAGGUAGAUCUGGCAACACCGUAAUAGAAACAAAACAAGACGCACGAACAAGAUGGCAUUUGACUACUAAUAUUACCCGACAAAUCUGGUUGAAAUGGAAAACAGAGUAUUUAACACAGUUAACAGCGAGAGAGAAAUGGGGAAAGCCCCAAAGAAACAUGAAAAUCGGAGAUAUGGUAGUCGUACACGAGGAUAAUGUUCCAGCUGGGAAAUGGAUAAUGGGUAAAGUUGUCGAUGUACACCCAGGCAGCGACGGCUAUGUACGUGUCGUCACCUUAAAAACCAAAGGUGGUGUUAUUAAACGGCCAGUAGUCAAGCUCUCGCUAUUGCCAAUAGAAACGGACGAACAGCAAGACAAGUUCCCAGAAACAAAUACCCAAACAUCUAACAUUGAAGGAAAUCAAAGCCCAAGGGGCACCAGGAGGAAAUCACACACUGUAAGGUUUUCGUAUAUUGUUAUGGCUUUAACAUUUUUCAUGACUAUGUGCGGCAGUGCGCAUGGUGCAUAUAAUGUAACACAAUUUGGAAGGGAACAAUCACUAUUUUUUGAUUCGAUAGGAAGAUUAAGCCUUGCUAAGGACAAAUGGACUAUGGUAAUUUUCUACGACAUGUCCCCAUACUGGGAAGGCAUAAGUGCAUUCAAUAAAAUUAUCACUUAUUUAGAUACUACAUGCAAAACAAUAGGUGGCGAACACUGUAACACGAUAACCACUCAGCUGUCGCAUGAGGCCAACGAACUAAAGUACUACAAUCAGUUUUUGCUAGAUCAGCAGGAGCAGGAGUGGUGGCGGCUGGCGCCUUGUGGUGCCGCCGCUGGCAGCGACGACGGGCGACUUGUGCCCAUCUAUCGCCGGACAUCGAGCUUCAGCCUACAGCAGGCAACCGUAGUGAAGUGA